UUCUCUUCUUUCUUUUCAAAAUGGAGGCUUUGUAUGGGAUACCCUUUCACAUUUUAGAAGUCCCUAACCUCAAGUUGAAGAAGCCAGGAUGGGUAAAACCACCAUCGGCUAUGGUGGUCUUCGCCUUUGUUCUCUUGUCGUAUUUCUUGGUCACUGGAGGUAUCAUCUAUGAUGUGAUUGUGGAACCACCCAGUGUGGGAAGCACAACAGAUGAGUUUGGUCACAGUAAACCGGUUGCUUUCAUGCCUUACCGUGUAAAUGGUCAGUACAUCAUGGAAGGCCUGGCAUCAAGUUUUUUGUUUUCAAUGGGUGGAUUAGGCUUCAUUAUCCUGGAUAAAUCAAAUGCUGUUGGCAUGUCUAAACUUAACAGAUUUCUCUUGCUGUUCCUGGGCUUUGUCUGUGUCCUAGUGUCAUUCUUUACAUGCAGAGUUUUCAUGAGAAUGAAACUGCCGGGUUACAUGCAAGUUUACUAAAAGAAGAUCUCAAGAAUCACACCAUCCCUACUGGACAACAAUAAAAUUGUUUUGCAUUAAGCUUAGCCUAUAUUCUCUUGUUAAAUAAAACCAUUUUAUAAACAA